AUGUUCGGACCGUUGGAUCGAACUCAAACUCACAGUUUGUCUCCCCCGGCUCAGCCGUCAUCAGCUGCCACUACUCCAGCACUGAUGGACCACUUGCUAGUUGGUCCCGGGGGGUCCCAUGCGCCGGCAUCAUCAACGUCAUCAAUGGUGCAACCUGUUAGCGCUAGGCGUCGUCAUCACCCCUCCAGCACCACCAAGACCACAUCAACAGACGCUACUGGUGCGUUGUGGUCUCAGCCAGCCAAGAAGAACACCCGGGGGCUGUGUCGGCAAUUAAAGACGGCCAAGGUCACCUAG